AUGAAGCUUCACACCAUCACCAUCGCCGCUACCGUCCCGUCCCGUCCCACUUCCCGCAGUCCCAUCACCGCCGCACACACCAAACGAUCCAACCACCCAUCUCGCAUCCUCCCUCACCGCCUCACAGCCUCACCGAUCGCGCCAAGCACAUCAAGUCCCUACAUACCUUAUCUGCUGUCCGCAGACUACAUCCAUCGAAACAAGGCACCCUGA